GUGAGCUGGGGAGUUGGGAGAAGGCAUGAGGAGCAGUGGGAAGGCUGCCUGUCUGCUGCUCUGGGGCUGAUCGCAGCCCGGCUGCGCCGGUGCGGAGGAGGGGGCAGCCCCCGCCUGGCGUCCCGGCAUGCUGAAAGUCACCAUGCCCUCCUCCUCCUCCUCCUCCUCGUCCUCCUCAUCGUCCUCCUCCUCCUCGGGCUCUGCGGCCGCCGGCCGCCCCGGGGGCGCCGCGCCCGACUACUGGAUCGACGGCUCCAACAAGGACACCCUGGCCCACUACUUCGAGCUGGAGUCCGAGCUGGGACGUGGGGCUACAUCCAUUGUCUACAGAUGCAGGCAGAAAGGGACCCAGAAACCUUACGCCGUCAAAAUGUUGAAGAAGACAGUAGACAAGAAAAUUGUCCGCACAGAAAUUGGAGUGCUUCUUCGCCUUUCACAUCCCAACAUCAUAAAACUGAAGGAGAUAUUUGAGACCCCUACCGAAAUCAGUCUUGUUCUGGAAUUGGUCACAGGUGGAGAACUAUUUGACAGGAUUGUGGAAAAGGGUUAUUACAGUGAACGAGAUGCUGCUGAUGCUGUUAAACAAAUCUUGGAGGCAGUUGCUUACCUGCAUGCAAAUGGGAUUGUGCACCGUGACUUGAAGCCAGAAAAUCUACUCUAUGCAACACCAGCACCAGAUGCACCACUGAAAAUUGCUGAUUUUGGACUUUCCAAGAUUGUGGAAGAUCAGGUGACCAUGAAGACAGUUUGUGGAACUCCAGGGUACUGUGCACCAGAGAUACUACGAGGAUGUGCCUAUGGCCCUGAAGUGGACAUGUGGUCUCUGGGGAUUAUCACCUACAUUCUACUCUGUGGCUUUGAACCAUUUUAUGAUGAAAGGGGAGAUCAGUACAUGUUUAAGAGAAUCCUGAACUGUGAAUAUGACUUUGUGUCCCCCUGGUGGGAUGAUGUGUCUCUGAAUGCCAAGGAUUUAGUUAAAAAGUUAAUUGUUUUAGACCCCAAGAAACGCCUCACAACUCUACAGGCUUUGCAGCACCCAUGGGUCACAGGAAAGGCAGCAAAUUUUGCACAUAUGGACAAUGCACAAAAGAAACUUCAAGAAUUCAAUGCCCGGCGUAAACUUAAGGCUGCAGUAAAAGCUGUUGUGGCAUCGACUCGCCUUGGCAGCGCCAGCAGUCACAGCACUCAUGACAGCAACAAGCCCAGUCGUAACCCAUCUCCUGUCCAUGACGGCAAACCUGAAAAGAAACCCACUCAGGAAGCAGAAGCAGCUCCAGAAGAAAUGUCUUAGGUCGAUGCGCUUCCUUGUUUCAGCUGAGAUCUGUCAUUUCAUUCACCAACUAACUUGUCAUUCAGCAAGAGAGAUUCGUAAGCUUGGCCUCUCUGGUUCUGCUUUGGGGUGCCAAACGCACUGGCUGGUGAUUCUACCUUCAAUGCAUGUGACUGCUUAUGAAAAUAGUAAACUGUUCCAUAAGGCAUGUCAUGGAAACAGUGUUAUUUGCGGUAAUACUGGCAGGUGAAAACAUGGGAAUGAAUAACUACCUACCAUAAUGCGUAUACUCCAUAUACAUCUAUACAGUGUUUCUAGAUGGCAUUUGAAACAAAUACUAUUUAAUUCAGUUUUACGGAAGUAGGUGUCUUCUGUAUGUCAUGACUUCCUUUGAACUGCUUCCUUCCAGAUUCAUAGUCCUGCAGUAGACAAAAUGUAAGGAAAUACCAAACAAAUAGCUUUUAAAAAUAAUGUAUGUAUGAAAUAAUGCUUUUUACCUGUAAAGUUAAGAAAAAAAAAAUGUUUGGGGAUUUAUAUGCAAGAAACAUUCCACUACUUCUGGGAAGAAAUUGAAAUGUUAGUUCCACUGGGCAUGAAAAUGUACAUUCCUCAAGCUUGUUUUGAGAAUGCCUUACUCUGACUUUUCCUGUUUAUAUACAGCAUUUUAAUGACAACCAAAAUUACUCAGACUUCUGCUAUCUCAUUCUCUAGUAAACUGUUAGCCAAACAAAAUGACAGAAGAAUAGGGGAUUAGAGUAAAUGCAAAUUUUUGAAUGCCAUUGUAUUUACUCAUGUAUUUCUAAACUGUGCAGCUAGAAAACGUUUUUAUAGGGCCUAAGGGAAUAAUCUGCAAUUACACAAGUUUUAAAUGCUUGAAGUAAGCUAUUCCACAACAUGAUGAUUUUGCUCUGGGGAAACACUCUUAUACAAGGUCUGGGAGACAGUGGUGUAAUCUGGCUGCUUCCUAGGUAGUUUAACCUCAUGAGUAACCCGUCUCACUUAUCAGCGCAUUUAGUUCAGAUUUUCCCGACAAAGGGCCCCUCCCGCAAAAUGAUCCACCAGCACAGAUCUUGCAUCCACCUAGAGCUCCUGUGUCUGAAGUUACAAGCCAUGUGCAUGGAUCAGCUUGUGAAAUUAGGAUCAGGCUCUUCAGCUGUCUUGGUCUUUUUUUUGAAUGUGAUUGAUAGGAACUGAGAAACUGUCAAGAAUCAGUAUGUAUGACCGUUUACACUUCUUUGUUAUCAUUUUGAUAGCAUGGGGAUUUCAUAAUGUUAUUGAUGUAUUACAGAAAUUGCAAAAAGAAUCUGAUAUACAACAAUGUCGUUUGUGUUUGUUAAACUUUUUAAUGAUGAUAGUUACCUAAAACCCUUACAUGCUCAACAUUCUUCUUUUGCUUUGUUUUUAUUUUAAGUUAGGCCUUGCACAACUUGCUUUCAAAAAUAUAUUGGCUACCAAAAAUAGUCACUGAUAAAAUAUUCUAGUAUUCAGUAGCUACAUUUCCUGAUGAAAUUAAAAUAAAAGGUACAAGGAUGUUACUCACAUGGUAGGUUUUCUAAAUAAAAUGUAAUUUAGCUUAACACAAGAAGGAAGAGAUAAGAUGCUGUCUUUGAAGGUAUGGAUGCGUGCUAAUGAAUGUACUGUACUUGAUAUUUUUUCCCAUUUCCAUUUCUUAAAGCACUUUGAAAUUGUACAAAAAGAUUUGCUAAUUGAGUGAGGUUGAAAUUUAAAGUACAUGCAUCCAGCCUUUCCCUAGGUGAUGGCACACUUUGAGGCAGUACAGGGCCAUCAGCUGGAGAGGCUGGUGAGGGCCAGGCAGCUGUUAAAGUCAUGCUGAGGACUCUGCCUGAUUUUAUUGUUCUCACUGUGAGCAGGGCAACAAGACACAUUUGCAGAUUUUCCCUUGGAAAAAAAUUCUGUAGGAAUAACCACUUUGGAGAAGGUGAUGGGUUCAUCCAUCUGCCUCACGUUUUACUGUCUUUCUUAUCUGCUGCAAAGGGACUGCAGGACUAAUGCAUUUCUCAGCCACAGGUCUCCUCCCUCACUUACAGCCUUGGAGGCAUCCGAGUUGGGUCAGUGAGGGGGGUUAGAUUUUUUUAAUGUUUCAUCCUUCAGUGGGGAUAGUUGCUUCUGAUCUACAAAAGUCAUUGCACACCUAUCAGUGCUUGAGCAGAAAUAUCUUCAUCUGAAACAUGGUGUGUCUGAGAUGAAAAGUAAUAUAGUCCUAGCUGAGUCUUAAAUGUAUGUGCUGCUAAAUUAUACCAUGGUGUAUCAUAACUAUGAACCAGCUCCAUGCAACUAGAGACCGCUCUGUGAAAGCAUGAUCUUGGCGGCAGCUCAGUCUUGCGCAUGAAGGCUCUGGGGCUUAAAAUGGUUUUGCUUAGUUUUCUUUCAUUAUGUUCACUUUGAAACAAUCAGGAUGUCUGUGCUGAAGGAAUUACCAAUAUGUGACUCAGGAAAAUAGCAUGCCUGGUAUGACAAUACCGCGCAGAAGGAACAGCAGCACCAGGGUGUAUGCACUUAACUGAAGAAGGAAAUGUUAUGUGCAUUGGUUUUGUCUGGAAAAUCACACCCCAUAAUUCAGACUUGGGAGUGCAAUGCCAGUGCUGUGUGAUAUUGUGGAUAAAAAAUACAAACACACCCUAAAGCUAUUGGAGGCAGGCCAGUUCCACAUCUGCAGUUAUAAACUAGGUAAAAAAUUAAUAAUGUUCUUUUCUGUUGAAACCCUAAGCUUUAAAUUUUUUAAGUGUUCAGUGUAUCAGCAGAGUUCCUCAGGUACAAAAGAGAGAACCUUGCCACCUUCCUGAAAUAUCUGAACUUAGAAAAACUUUUCCUCUAGAUGGAGAUUGUAGUAUUAGACAAUUGAAAGCUAAAAUUUGAGAGUUAGACUGAGGAGCUGACAGCUGUUAAACUGACAGUGAUUUCCUGCCUUUGCACAAGAAAAGGGUUUUUUACAAGCUCAGAAAGAUUCAUUCUGAAACGGUAACAGAUUUCCUGUCCUUUUGAAUACUUUGUGAUUUUGCUGAUGACACGGUAAAUUGCACUGCAUCAGCCCAGUGCUGGCUUGUUAGCUGGAGUUUGUAUUUGGCAUUGUGCAAGUGUUCUGUAAAGCUGCAGGCACACCAUAAUCAAACUUUUGAAUGCAAAAGACCAUAAGAGCAGAAGUUUGAUCCAACAUGCCCUUCAGAAGAUGGGCAGUAACAGUUCAGUUCCUGCGAGUGAGCUGGCUGUCGGGCAUGUGAAGGUGAGUGACUGAGCAUCCCCUUUGCAAGGACCCGUGUCUUGGUGAAUAAAGCAAAGUGCUGUGAAAAGCCAUGUGGUGCUAGAGUGGGAUGAAUAUGGCAACCAAAAUGUUUUGGGAAGGGUCUUAGGCUAGCAGGAGCAGGCAGUCACAGGCUGGUGGGGGCUGUGGCUCAGCAUUUGUUGAGUAAGGACCUGUCUCCUGCCGCUCCUGCUGCCAGUGAGGCAUGGAUGUGUCUGGAAGUCACAGGGAAGUGAGGACACCUCCACAGUUAUCACAGAAUCACAGAACCAUUUCCAGGUUGGAAAAGACCUCUAAGAUCACCUAGUCCAACCUAGCACUGACACGUCUGCCAGUAAACCAAGUUUCUAAAUUCUUACAUCUACAUGUUUCUUGAAGACCUCCAGGGAUGUUCCCUGGGCAGCCUGUUCCAAUGCUGCACAACUCUUUUAGUAAAGACAUUUCUCCAGCAGGGAGAGGGAAGAAGGUGUUAAAAGCUGUCAGUGUCCAACUUAGCAGAUGGAUAGCAGUAUUUGCUAAGCAGCAAGUACAGGAGGACUCUAGAAAAUACACACAUUUC